AUGGCCGAUUGGGAUCUCAGUGAUCUGGCUCAGGAGCUUUCCGAUCUUGAAGUCGCUCUACUAAUUUGUCUAGUUGCUCAUGGGCACCCUCUCAUUGAAACUACCGAAGAUGGCAUCGAUGACGUUGCCAAAGAGCUCGCCUUGAUAUGCUCGAAUACGUUUGGUUUCUCGUGUGCGGUCCUGGACUGUUCGUCUGCGACGUCCGCUGAAGAUUUCUACAGUGAGAUCGCUGCGAGUGACAGUCGCAAAGGCCAGAUUCAACCGCCAAAGUCUAGGGCGGAAUCAUCUAGCAAUUUCUCGGUUCUCCAGGGCUCUCAAGGGUCUAGGAACCGCUCCAGGUCGCUAAUUCGGAGUGAGCUCGAGGUCGUCAACGUUGUUGUCGCGAAGAAUUUCAAUCAUGUUGGUCAAUAUAUUCAGCUGCAAGCACUCGAGUUGAUACAUUCGAAGAAGCUUAUGACCGCAAAGGCGGACCUUAAUGCCCCCGAAAACUUUCUGUUCGUGCCACUUGUAGCACGGGACACCGAUAUUUUACAGCCGGGCUUGAACACGCAUUUGAAUGAUCAUCUGUUCAUCUCGCACUUUCACGAUCCCAGAGACGGAUACACGUAUCUAGAAGACGGAAACGACUGGCUUUCCGAUGGGCAAUCUAUAUCAUCUGUUGUCCACAAGCCGGCAUCAAAACAGCAUGCCAAAGUUCCUCAACUACUCCUGUAUAAGUUCCAGCGAGAAGGUGACGUCGUCACCGUGAGCGCAGAAGUGCUCCGCUACCAGCAAGACAUUAUCAUAUUCCUCCGCCUCAGCCGGGCCGUUGCGGGUGGGAUAACCACCAGGUCAAACAACUACUUUCUGCGAUUCUCAAAACUCCUAGCAGCCUUACAUGGACUCGACUACCUCACCCCAUCGAUCGCCGCAUUAGCAGCGAAGAAAGUCUUUCGCCACCGGAUUAUCAUCGCAAAACCCGAAGACGACCGCAGUCUGCAGUACGGUAGUGAUCUUGAGACUGUUUCGCAAGUUCUGGCAAAUGUUGGUCCGGAGGAGGUCCUGGACAGCGUGCUUGCGCUGGAGGCGCCUCUGUGA